GUGAUUUCGGAAUAAGAAUCCGGAUUCUAUUUCUUCGUAUUAAGAGAGAUUCAAUCAGAGGAGGUCUCAGAAAAUGGAACAAAAAGAAAAGAUCAGAAAAAUUUCUUUGCAAAAAGCAAAGGCUUGGAUGUGCCUUACUUCAGGCCGAAAUCAGCAAAUCAACUUGUUUUGAAGAUAUAAUGAGAGGAAAUCUCAAGAACUCGGUUCACAUCAUGGUCAUGUCGAUGUGGCGUCGAAAAUACAUCCUGGCUUCCUGCGCCAUAAUAUGGGCAGUGUUCUAUUUAUACCUGCAUUACACGACUGUCCCCGAAGAUACUGGCUACUCUUCAAGUGGAAUAUCUGUGAAGCAUCCGAUUGAUAUCGAGUUUGCCAACGGAAAGCUAAUGAAACAAACCACCGGACUUAAACUUAUCAACAAACUCACUGACACUUCUUCAACAUCGCCGAAAGAGAACAAGUUUUCUACUGAAAAUACAGAUUUAAUCCAAACUUUGCCAAGUGAUCAUUACAAGCAUAUGACAGAGGAAGAAAUUCGUGUCCAUCGAAUGAAUGAAAAACUUGAAAGGGAAAAGCACAGGCAAAAAUCAGUGAGAGAAAAGUUCAGCGACAAAGGCAUCAAACAAACCUCGAUACAAGUGAAACCGAAAUCUAAAUCAAUUGGCUAUGAAGCGGAAAUGUUUAAUGUUUCUACUUCAACAACAGAAGAACCGACAUACAUUCCACCACUGCGUUUGGUUCAUUUUGAUUUAAAGGGGGCUCCACCAAAAAUUACCUACUUUAAAUCCAUUUUUCCUUUGCUCAAAUUCGCUGGUGCAAAUGGCAUACUAAUGGAAUAUGAAGACACUUUCCCAUUUUCGGGUCCAUUAGCCCACAUAGCAGCUGAAAAUGCUUAUACGAAAAAGCAAAUUCGAUACAUACUGGAGUUGGCAAAAAAUCAUGACUUGAUUGUCAUACCUCUGAUUCAAACCUUUGGGCAUUUGGAAUUUGUUUUGAAGCUAUCGGAAUUUAAACACUUGCGGGAAGUGGAAGAUAUUCCACAAUCAGUAUGUCCAACGAAUAACAACACAUUGGCGAUGGUUAAGAUGAUGGUAGAUCAAAUUAUGGCAUUGCAUUCUGACUCUAAAUGGCUCCACAUUGGUUGUGAUGAAGUUUAUCAGCUCGGGCAGUGUUCAAGAUGUUCGAGGUAUGAUCGAAAUAGUCUUUUCUUGGCUUACGUGCGUAAAGUAGCGAAAUACGUUAAAGAAAAGUACAAUGUCACGCCAAUCAUUUGGGAUGAUAUGUUACGGCAUGUGACUGUCGCUGAAAUGAAUAAAUAUGAGAUUGGGCAACUUGUUGAGCCAAUGGCAUGGACAUAUGUUGAAGAUGUCUAUUUAUUUCUUCCCAAUAGUCUAUGGGAGAAAUACAGUCAAGUGUUUCCAUUUAUGUGGACAGCCAGCGCUUUUAAAGGUGCUUUUGGGGAAACUCUAACAGUUCCCGAUGCGAAACGGCAUUUGGAAAAUAAUAAAGCCUGGUUAGCAGUCAUGAAUGAAUACAAUAAUGAAUUCAGCGGUUUCCGUGGCAUUGCUCUUACAGGGUGGCAGAGAUACGAUCAUUUUGCCUCGUUAUGCGAGCUUCUGCCGGCAGCAUUGCCCUCACUUGUCUUAAACCUCCUUACAGUAUCCCAAGGGCAGUUUAACAAAGAAGUUUUUCCGAAGAUGCAGGAACUUUUAGAAUGUUCUUCUCGGGCUCAUUAUCAUCUAGAUUUGGAACAUGAUCCGUACAUGUGGAGAGCUCUUGGCGUAUGCUUUUUCCCUGGGUCUGCAGUUUUCAGAAUCACGCUUCGUCACAACGAGGUUACCAAAUCUUUGGAUAAGUACAUCAAUGAUAUAACCGUUCACAAAGGAUGGAUGACGGAAUACAAUCUCAACCAUAACUUUUCGAGCCCAUUGAGAGUUCAAGAACUUUUGAAAGAUUUCAGCUACUAUAAUUCGUCCUUGAAUAUGUUGCAAGAAGCAGCUGUGAAGGCACUCAGAGAGAUAUAUGACGAUGAUACCGUGAGCGAAUGGAUCGAGCUCAAUAUUUAUCCAUACGUCAAAGAAAUGAAAAAGAUUUGGGUGCGAGGGCAGAGACUCAAGAAAUAUCAAACUUGGCCACGCAGACCUUUGCCAAGAGUUGUGAAUCUACCACCUCCACCAAGCAUUGAUAUGGGUAUUGUUGCGUCCUGAAAAACAGCUUUUAUUUUCUACUUAUGCAUGAAUGUGAUCGGACUUCUAAUCGUUUUGCGUAUAAUGAAGUCGAUCUGAAGUACUAAACUGUCUGUCUUGCAUGUAACAAUGUCAGUAGAGUAUCAUUUAAAAUCUCAACGGAUUAAUAGUUGCAUAUAAUUUUAAAAUGUGUACAACUUCAUGAAAGAUUAACGCUUGUAUUUUUAAAAAUUUCCCAGAUGUUGCCUUUUGGAAAAAUGAAAAGUUUUCUUUUUGCACGUGAAGAUGUUUUUCAGAAGAUGAAAUUCAAAAUAUGGCAAGAUCUUAUCAUAAUUUUAUAAUUUAAUAUUUCAUAUGACGAUGCACAAUAUAGGUAUAUCGGAUAGAAGUGAACGAAUUGCCAAUUUUUAUCUAAAAAUAUGAAACGGAAUGAAAUUGAAAAGUUAAAUAAUUUUGCCAUAAAUUGGAAAAAAGGGACCAGAAAUUGAUGCGACGCAGUGCUGCUCUAUGAAACUAUCAGCUUUCAAAUCAACAACUUAAGACAUUGACAAGAAAAAACUUGAGACAUUGAGAGUUGUGAUGUCCAUUUAAAAAGAACUUCAACUGAUUAAACGUUUUCAAAAAAAUUAUUUCAGGGGCCAACUCACAGUUGCUAGCGAUUCUUGUAAUAAGCUACAUUCUAGAAAACAAUUGAGACAUCAGAUGCUUUUAAAAAGAUACUAUUUUUGAUAAACUUCAAACAAAAAUUCAAUGGACUCGUAUAUUCCUUCCCCUACAAUCUACGAUUAAAACACGCAUUGACAAUAUGAGGCACAUUUCGUGUUCUCCUUUGACAAUUAUAAAUUCGCACAAGUUAUUAGAUAAAUUAGAAAUUAACAAGAAGAUAUAAUGUAAUCAUAUAGAUAUGCACAAAUUUCACAAAUUACGACACACAUCGAUGAAUAUACCUUAAUAGAAUUCUUGUUGACGAAGCUUUAGACACAUUAGUGACACAAAGUGAUACACUUCAUAUGAAAUUUCAAUAUGUUUUGAUAAAAAAUAAGCAUUUUCAUGUUAUGUUUUCUCACCAUUUUAUUCCAAUAAAAGCUUCUCCAUCAGCUAACAAAUAUUCACUUUUAUUUUGAAUUGUAUUUCAUGUUAUUGGGCAUCAAAACUCCGACCAAGACUUCCAAUGUUUCAGGAAAUUUCAAUGAGAUAUUCUUUUCUGUUCAUUUUCCCUUUAAUAUUUUAAGCUGAAGAAGUCUUCUUUUUCAUUCCAAUUAAAAUAAAUUCCUUUUUCAUUCUUGGAUUAUUAAUGAUAUGCAGGGUGAUUCAAAAUUUUGAAGCAACUUUAGAAAUCGGUCAUUCGCAAUCGUUUUAAAAUAGAAAGAUACGGAUUGCACAAAAAACUUGAAAAAGAAUCGAAUUACAUUCUCUUGAAAUCAGAAUUUGGUAGCGUUAUUUACAAUUUACAUAACUAGAUGGUUCUGCAAUUGGUGGAAAGUCCUGAUAAUAAAUAAUUGAUAAAGCUAUAUUAUUGCUUGUAGUGUCGUCUUCAAAUUAAUAACACAGCUAUCAGGCAAGUAACCAAAAUUUUAUAUCAGUAAGCAUCAUUACUGUUGCUAAUGUUCUACCAUACCAUUUAAAAGGUGUUCAGUAACGCAAAAAAUGUGCUUUCUCUUCUGACAGUUGGGCUUUUGAAUAAAGGAAGAAGCGUUAAAUAAUUGUAAACCAUUACUCCAAUCAAUGUGAAACCCAGCUAUCAAGCAAGUAACCAAAAUUUUAUAUCAAUAAUGUUGAUGAUAUUCUGCCAUACCAUAAAAAAUGCGCAUAAUGCAUCGAUUAAUCAUUAACCCAGUUAUCAGGCAAGUAACCAAAAUUUUAUAUCAAUAAUGUUGAUGAUAUUCUGCCAUACCAUAAAAAAUGUGCAUAAUGCAUCGAUCAAUCAGUAACCCAGCUAUCAAGCAAGUAACCAAAAUUUUAUAUCAAUAAUGUUGAUGAUAUUCUGCCAUACCAUAAAAAAUGUGCAUAAUGCAUCGAUCAAUCAGUAACCCAGUUAUCAGGCAAGUAACCAAUAUUGUAUAUCAAUAAUGUUGAUGAUAUUCUGCCAUACCAUAAAAAAUGUGCAUAAUGCAUCGAUCAAUGUGAAACCCAGCUAUCAAGCAAGUAACCAAAAUUUUAUAUCAAUAAUGUUGAUGAUAUUCUGCCAUACCAUAAAAAAUGCGCAUAAUGCAUCGAUUAAUCAUUAACCCAGUUAUCAGGCAAGUAACCAAAAUUUUAUAUCAAUAAUGUUGAUGAUAUUCUGCCAUACCAUAAAAAAUGCGCAUAAUGCAUCGAUUAAUCAUUAACCCAGUUAUCAGGCAAGUAACCAAAAUUUUAUAUCAAUAAUGUUGAUGAUAUUCUGCCAUACCAUAAAAAAUGUGCAUAAUGCAUCGAUCAAUCAGUAACCCAGCUAUCAAGCAAGUAACCAAAAUUUUAUAUCAAUAAUGUUGAUGAUAUUCUGCCAUACCAUAAAAAAUGUGCAUAAUGCAUCGAUCAAUCAGUAACCCAGUUAUCAGGCAAGUAACCAAUAUUGUAUAUCAAUAAUGUUGUUGAUAUUCUGCCAUACCAUAAAAAAUGUGCAUAAUGCAUCGAUCAAUCAGUAACCCAGCUAUCAAGCAAGUAACCAAAAUUUUAUAUCAAUAAUGUUGAUGAUAUUCUGCCAUACCAUAAAAAAUGUACAUAAUGCAUCGAUCAAUCAGUAACCCAGUUAUCAGGCAAGUAACCAAAAUUUUAUAUCAAUAAUGUUGAUGAUAUUCUGCCAUACCAUAAAAAAUGUGCAUAAUGCAUCGAUCAAUCAGUAACCCAGUUAUCAGGCAAGUAACCAAAAUUUUAUAUCAAUAAUAUUGCUGAUGUUCUGCCAUACCAUAAAAAAGGUGAUUAAUGCUGAAAAAAAUGUGCUUUCUCUUCUGACAAUUGAGCUUUUGAACGAAGGAAGCCCUGUAUAAAAGUAUCUCCUUGAGAACCAUUGAACCAUUUGAUGGUUUAAACUGUGCUAGCAACAAAUUUUAGUUUCGAGGUGAAAAAAGAACAACUCCUGUUUAUUUCUCCUCUUUUUAUUUUAAAGUGUUUGCGAAUGUUUGACUUUUAAAGCUGCUCAAGAUUCCUGAGUUAAUCUGCACUUAAUUUAUCGCUGUUUUAUUUCUAUCUCCCUUAUAAAAAUAAGUUUCAAUAAGUCAAAAAUUAUUAAUUGAUAAAAUUGAAUUUACAUUCAACAAAAAUUUGAAAUGCAACAUUUAAGUCAUUUGAACCAUAAUGAUAGGAUCUUAUUGGAUUUUUAUCUCUAUAAAAAAAAUCAUCAUUUAUAAAAAUUUUUGACAAGUUAAGUUUAUAAUAAAGAUUAUUCUUUUUUAUGAUUUAUGAUGCUUACAUUUAUUACGAAUAAAUUCGUAGCCUUUUCCUUAAUGGACAGGAAUUUUCAUUUUUUAAGCAUUCAAAACAUUUAAGAUUAUAGUCCCCUAGUUUUUGAAAAAAGAUGUAUCAUCUAUUGCAUAAGCAUUCAUUUGACAGUCAUCUAACGCUCAAUGGAUGAAUGGUUGGUUAUUAACUUAGCCUCAAAUUAUAGCUAAAUGCUUUUGAGUAACUGAGCCUCAAGUUAUAGCUAAAUGCUUAUUGGCAGCAUCAUUCAGUUCAAAUUGCUUGAAUGUGAAGUGCUGAAAUGUUACUCAUUUGUAUUGUAGUCAGCAAAAUUAUUGCACUUUUGACCUAUAUGAACAUUUGUUAUAAAAUCUGUAACAAAUGACCAUUUUCCUAAAAGAAAGCACUUAAAAAUUUAAAAUCACAAAAUUGUGCAUUUGUAGCGUUUCUACAUUGAUAAUUUUUUAAAGCAAUUGUAUAUUUAAAAAGAAAAAAAUUAUGAUAGUCAUUGGACGGUUGUUUCUGGAUACGUGUAUAUUUGUUAUUUUAAUUCUAUAAUCAAAAUCAGUUGGUUCCCCUAUUGACACAUAAGUAAAUUUUAUUAUAAUUUAAAUCCAUUGUUCUGCAUGACUAUAAAUGUUUUUAUAUACUUUCCCAUUAUUCUUUAAAAUGUUUCGUUAACCAUGUUACUAAUAAAUAAUAUAAAACUGUUAUUGCAUGAAUAUCUAGUUAAACAAUAACAUAUAAUGUAUUCUAAGUUUUAAAAAAUGAGUAUUAUGUAAUGAAGUGUUAGAAGUAGUUUACUAAUUUUCUUUGCUUUUUUGUGAAAGCACAAGUAGUUCUGAAUGCUUGGCAGCAGUCAUGUACUGAUUUUGUAUAAUUAUUGUAUAUGUUUACAUUAAUUUUCUAAUGUAUGCACAUUAUUGUUGCAUGAUAUAAUAAAGUGUUU